CUUUGCAGCUUCAAAUCAGUUGCUUAAUUUAAUCAUGAAAAUGUAAAUGCUCAGACUCUUUGGUUAUUUGUUGUAUGCCAUGAAUGGGGGGGGGGGGAAAAAAACAACCUUCAACCUGCUAGGGAACAGCCAUUCUUUCAUCAGCUGGGCAGCCCGGAGAUUGCAAAAAGAGCAAUGAGUCUCCAUCCCUUACUGCCUCAGCUGCUUUGGACGAGGUAAGUAGCUGGUACAGACUGCACUUUGCUUUUCCAGAAUCACCACCCAUUCAGGGGAGGCCAACUAAGAACACAAAAGCAAAGCAACUGCUGUACCACUUAAGUACAGAUAUGUUGUUCUGAGGCGUAGUAUGUACACUGGCUCAUAAAAGAACAAUCAUUUAUGUCUGGGAGAAACCUCUAUUUGUAAUCACUAACUACAGGAUUUCAUUUUUACCUUAAAAAGUUGCUGAAAAUAUGACCAACAAUUUAACAGGUAUAUAAGUUUUUUGUUGUUUUGUUUCCUGUGAAGCCUAGACACAUUGCUGUGCCAAAAUAGCUAGGGGAGCUCAGCUCAUAGAUGGGGUCUUGAGGCUUUAGAUUUGUAGGCAAGUGCUGUGUAAUCUCCUGUGUUCUAUACUGUACAACAUUUCAGUAGUUAAAAACUUAAUUGCUAUCAAAAUAAAAGUUCUGUCCAUAUAUAUAUGGAUUCCACAAAAACAGAAGCUUUUUUUUAAUGCCCUUGGAAGCGCCAGCAGCAUUUGUUUGCUAAGAACUACUCCCAGCUACUUCCACGGCUUCUGGAAGGCAGGAUUCUGGAGUGACCCAUUCAGACCUGCAUUGCCAUGGACACAAGCCCCAUGCUAGGAGUGUCAACAAACAGGCGAAGGAAGGAAAACACCUGGCAACAGAAAAGAUUUGUCCUCCUACGCCCCUCUCUCUGUUUUUUUUCCGCUGGAUAGCCUCAGCCUUUUGGUCUUUCCCUGUUAUGGCUGAAUGUUUUGGCAGGAACCAAAGCAGCAGCAGUGGAAGUGUCUCCAUGGCCCAAGAGGAUGGAGAGGCAGUGAUGGCCAACCACAGAAGUGAUGAGGAGAUGGGCAAAGAUGCAGAAGAUCUGACAGAAGGCAUGCAGACACCCUGCGGGAGCCCUGAGGAGAAGAGAGAGAAGGCUCUGCUACGGGCACGCCUGGAAGAGCAGCACCGCCUUAUCUGUAUCCUGAAGAAAAAAACAGAUGAUGCACGCAAACGCUACAGGAGCCUGGAGCAGCUUAAUGUGGAACUGGAGAAACUGAGGCUAGAGGAUGCUGUGAAACUAAAAACCCAAACCCAGCGGAUUCAGUACUUGGAGAAUUUGGCCAAUAACCUCAAAAAAAUGAUCUACUCCAAGGACGAGCACAAGAAACAGAAUGCACAGCUGAAGGAGGAAAACCAGCACAUGCAGAAGGAGAACGAAACAGUCCUCAGCCAAGCAGCGAAGGACAAGGAGGCUGAAAUGCUCCAGCUUGCUGCCCAGGCCAGAGAGCUCUCACAGCAGCUGGAUGCUCUGCAUGACAAAUGUGCUUGUGAGAGAUCCAGGGCCCAGCAGCUAGAAAAGGAGCUCCUGGAAGCGCAGAGCCAGCAAGCAAAUGCCUGUAUCUUGCAGGUUGACUCGUUAAGACAACAGCUGCAGCGCCUACAGGAGGAGCACCAAGAAAUGGUGGAACAGCUAGAGCAUGGAGAAAGCCAGCAGAAGGCUCACGAUGCCGAGCUGCAGGCCAAGCUGGAGAGGGCAAAUGAGGAGAAAGAGCAGCUGCUGAACCUGGCCAGAGAAAGGGGCAAAGCUCUGCAAGAAAAGCAACAGGAAAUUCUGCAACUGGGGAGGAAGCUGGAGAUGGCAGAAAGAGCCAAAUGGAGAGCAGAGAGGAACAUUGUUAAAGAAGUGGCAGCAAACUAUGAUCUGAAGGUCCAAGAGCUCCAGCAAGAGCUGAAAAACAGCCAGCAGGCUUACAGCGAGCUCUCGCUGCAGUUUGAUGCUUACAAAAAGCACAGUAUGGAUUUACUGUCCAAAGAAAAAGCACUGAAUGUCAAACUUCGUCACUUUAAGGCAUAAAACGUCAGCAUUCUGCUCGGUUCUUAGCAGGUACCACUUCACUGAUUUCUGUUCUUGUUCGUGCAGCCAUCUUCUAGCAGAUUUCUGUAAUGUACUUACAAGCUUAAAUCCUUCUGCAAGAACUGGUCUGGAGCCUUUAAUUCUUUUUUGUUACAGUUUUUCAUAAGAGCUCUAUGCCAUUAUAUCCGAGCAGGAGUUGUCAAACUAGCCAAACCAUGUC